UGAUAACCACUUGAACGCAGCACCGCUGCCCACAAUCCGGCUCUUCGUCAUAUCGCGAUAGAGAACCUCAGGCAACGGAGCGAAUGCGGAGCAACAUGGCGGAAGAGGAGGUGGCCAAGCUGCAGAAGCACCUGGCCCUGCUCAGGCAGGAGUAUGUGAAGAUGCAGCAGAAGCUGGCCGACACAGAGAGGCGCUGUGCCGUGCUCACUGCCCAGACCUCUGGCCAGGGCUCCGGCUCCGCCCCCUGCCCCGCGGCUGCAGACACCUUCAUUAGUCGCCUGCUGGUCAUCGUGGCUGAACUCUAUCUGCAGGAACAGUACAGUGAUCUGAAAGUGAAAGUUUCCGGAAAGAAUCUUUGUGCCCACAAGUUUGUGUUGGCUGCUCGCAGUGAUGUCUGGAGCCUGGCCAACCUGGCCUCCACCUCUGAGCUGGACCUAUCUGAUUGCAAAUCUGAGGUUGCCAUGGCAAUGCUGCGCUGGGCAUACACGGAUGAGUUGGAACUCACAAAAGAGGACGCCUUUCUUAUUGACUUGAUGAAGCUGGCCAACCGCUUCCAACUCCAGCUGCUCAGAGAGAGGUGUGAGCAAGGUGUGAUGUCCUCGGUGAACGUCAGGAAUUGCAUUUGCUUCUACCAGACGGCUGAGGAGCUAAAUGCCGCCACCCUGAUGAACUACUGUGGGGAGAUCAUAGCCAGCCACUGGGAUGACCUGAGGAAAGAAGACUUCAGCACCAUGAGCGCCCAACUACUGUACAAGAUGAUCAAGUCCAAAACAGAGUAUCCUCUCCACAAAGCCAUCAAAGUGGAGCGAGAAGAUGUGGUCUUUCUCUAUCUCAUUGAGAUGGACUCGCAGCUACCUGGCAAGCUGAAUGAACUGGACAACAAUGGCGACCUGGCACUCGACCUGGCGCUCGCUCGUAAAUUGGAGAGUAUUGCCACAACCCUGGUGAACAACAAAGCAGAUGUGGACAUGGUGGACCAGAGUGGCUGGAGCCUCCUGCACAAGGCCAUCCAAAGAGGGGAUGAAUUUGCAUCCAUCUUCCUGAUUCGCCACUCGGCUCAGGUGAACGCAGCCACCGUGGGGGCGGUGGAAACCCCACUUCACCUGGUCUGUUCCUUCAGCCCCAAGAAGCACUCUGAGGAGGUGAUGAGCGGCAUGGCGCGCAUCGCGGAGGCCCUCCUCAAGACUGGCGCCAACCCCAACAUGCAGAACAGCAAGGGCAGAACUCCGCUGCAUGACGCUGUGUCAUCGGGGAAUGAGCCAGUGUUCAACCAGCUCCUGCAGUGCAAACAGCUCGACCUGGAACUCAAGGACCACGAGGGCAGCACAGCUCUGUGGCUGGCCCUGCAGUACAUCACCAUGGCCACGGACCCCUCAGUAAACCCAUUUGAGGACGACGCACCAGUCGUCAACGGCACCUCGUUUGAUGAGAAUAGCUUUGCGGCCCAGUUUAUCCAGAGAGGAAGCAAUCCUGAUGCACCUGACAAUACCGCAGAAAACUGUCUCAUGCAGAGAGCAGCUCGGGCAGGCAAUGAGGCAGCAGCACUUUUCCUUGCCACACAUGGAGCAAAGGUCAACCAUAUCAACAAAUGGGGUGAGAGCCCGCUUCACACCGCUUGCUGCUGUGGCCUGGCGAGUCUGACGGCAGAGCUGCUCCAGCAAGGGGCCAACCCCAACCUGCAGACCCGGAGGGCUCUGCCUGAUGACACUGUGGGUGUGGCUACGCAGACCCCCCUCCACAUGGCCAUCGCCCACAACCACCCGGACGUGGUCUCUGUCAUCCUCGAGCAAAAAGCCAAUGCACUUCACGCCACCAACAACUUCCAGAUCAUUCCAGACUUCAGUCUCAAAGACUCUAUGGACCAGACCGUGCUGGGCUUGGCCCUCUGGACAGGUAUGCACACCAUAGCGGCUCAGCUGCUGGGCUCAGGGGCUUCUAUCAAUGACACUAUGUCCAAUGGACAAACCCUGCUUCACAUGGCUAUCCAAAGACAGGACAGCAAGAGUGCCCUCUUCCUUCUGGAGCAUCAGGCCGACAUCAGUGUUAGGACUCAGGAGGGACAAACAGCACUACAGUUGGCCAUCAGUAACCAGCUGCCACUGGUGGUGGAUGCCAUUUGCACAAGAGGAGCAGACAUGUCUGUGGUGGAUGACAAAGGGGACCCUCCGUUGUGGCUGGCUCUGGAGAAUGGCCUGGAAGAUAUUGCAUCCACGCUGGUCCGCCAUGGCUGUGACGCGACGUCCUGGAGCACAGGGCCCUCUGGCUGCAAGCAGACCCUCCUGCACAGAGCUGUUGAUGAGAAUAAUGAGGUCACUGCGUGCUUCCUCGUCCGCAGUGGUUGUGACGUGAACAGCACCAGGCAGCCAGGCCCGAACGGGGAAGGAGAUGAAGAGGCCCGAGAUGGACAAACGCCCCUCCACCUUGCAAGCAGCUGGGGACUGGAGGAGGUGGUGCAGUGCCUUCUAGAGUUUGGAGCUAAUGUGAACGCACAGGAUGCAGAGGGCAGGGCUCCCAUCCACCCUGCCAUUAGCAACCAGCACAACGUCAUCAUACAGCUCCUCAUCUCCCAUCCAGACAUUCGUCUUAACAUACGCGACCGUCAAGGAAUGACCCCCUUCGCCUGUGCGAUGACGAACAAGAACAACAAGGCCGCCGAGUCCAUCCUCAAGAGGGAGGCUGGUGCUGCGGAGCAGGUGGACAACAAAGGUCGUAAUUUUCUCCAUGUGGCUGUGCAAAAUGCAGACAUCGAAAGUGUCCUGUUCCUCAUCAGUGUCCAAGCCAAUGUCAACUCCCGGGUUCAGGAUGCAGCCAAACUCACCCCUCUGCACCUGGCUGUACAGGCUGGAUCUGAGAUCAUUGUUCGCAAUCUGCUGCUUGCCGGCGCCAAAGUAAACGAGCUGACCAAACACAGACAGACUGCACUACAUUUGGCUGCCCAGCAGGACCUGGCCACGAUUUGUUCUGUGUUGCUGGAGAAUGGGGUCGACAUUGCUGCCGAGGAUGAGAAUGGCAGUAAUGCUUUGCAUCCGGCUGUGAUGCAGGGCCGCCUUAACAAUGUCAGAACCCUUCUCACAGAGUCCAACAUUGAUGCCGAGGCCUUCAAUCUCAGGGGUCAGUCACCAAUGCACGUACUUGGCCAUUAUGGGAAAGACAACGCUGCUGCCAUUUUUGAGCUGUUCUUGGAGUGUAUGCCUGAAUACCCUCUGGACAAACCCGAUAAUGAAGGCAACACGGUUCUGCUCCUGGCCUACAUGAAAGGAAAUGCAAACCUGUGCCGCGCCAUAGUGAGGGCCGGGGCUCGACUGGGCAUCAAUAACAACCAGGGUAUCAACAUUUUCAACUACCAGGUUGCAACCAAACAGUUGCUCUUCCGCCUUCUAGAUAUGCUGUCCAAAGAGCCUCCCUGGUGUGAUGGGUCCAACUGCUAUGAAUGUCUUGCCAAGUUUGGUGUUACAACAAGAAAGCAUCACUGCCGUCACUGUGGCCGCCUGUUGUGCCACAAGUGCUCGAUAAAGGAGAUCCCCAUCAUCAAGUUUGACUUGAACAAGCCGGUGAGGGUGUGCGACAUCUGCUUCGAUGUACUGACUCUGGGUGGGGUGUCGUAGCAGGACAUGUGUACAAGAGACUCCCGGACAGUUUUGGGCCAUCACCAUUAUACUAUUCCAGUCUAUGAAAAACUAUUAAUGUUCUAUAGAGGGAUGUUUCAGAGUGAAAGUGAUCAAAGUAUCUAGAAGUGGAUAUAAGCAGCUCAUGAUGGAGUCGGGUUGUUAAUUGUUUUUUCCCAAGCCCAAUGACUUUUGUAAUGAUUAGCUCUUAUUAUGACAACCAGUACUUUGAAAUCAAUGAUGAGCAUUUAAAUCAAGCCACCGUUUGAAGGGUUUUCUUUUCUUUCCUGUUCUCUGUUGGGUUAUUUCACCAUCUGCAGCCUUUUAUGAUCUGUGACCUGCCCAAAGACAAAGAUUCAAUGCUACAAAAGGAUUAUUUAGAUUUUCACAGGAGCUUAACCAGCUGUCAGCUAAGAGCAGAGUAAAGGUAUAAAAUGCCCCUAGAUCACCAAAUCUCCACGGAAUUAAUCUAUCAACAUGGUCUCUGGACUUUUUCACGUUUCACUCUUCUGCCACCACAAUUAUGUGUUGACAGACAAGGAUUUAAAGGCACAGCAUCUCAGCUCGUUAUUUAAAUUAAAUCUAAUCUCGUAAGAGCCACUUUGAUUCAAACUUGUAAAAUUGAUAUUGUCUUAAGUGUUAAAACUGAACAAGACACGGAUGACACCUCAUAAAAUACAUAGUCCAUGUGUAGGCAUCAGCCAAAUGAAAUGAAAUGCUUACUUUUUAACAUGGCAAGCAGAUUUUAUCACAAGAGGACUAUAAAUGUGUUCCGAAAAACUAAAUUCUCAUCAAUCCUCCUGAGUUACAGACAUUAUGUCUUAAGCCUAUUAUGCCUCUGCAUGUCAUUUAAUUUGUAGCCUUUGUCAUAAUCAUAAACCUUUUCAAAAUCGGCCACAAAAUGAUAACAUUCCAUAUUUGUAUCUGCCACGAGCACGAGGUCCUCGGAGGAAGUCGUGAUCGUAGUCUCCACAAUGUUGCCUCAAGUCAAGUUGUUGUCUUGACCAUCACAUUGAAUGCUUCUUGAUUUCUAAGGCUAACGGGUGCACUUUAUCAAGAUCACAUGAUGUUUCUAAUCAUUGGGGAGAAUGUGGAGUUGAGGGGACGGCCACGUAGUGGGCCCUCUUUAAGUAUUGUUAAAUUGUACAGAUAAAUGUGUGAUAUUUUUGACCACUACAACUGUUUUGUACUUAAAUGCAGUUUGUGCUUGUCAUUGUGACAAACCUAAAUCUUGCCUCUGUUAAUCUUUUAUGCACAUUGUUUAAUCUUUUAUGCACAUUAUAUUGUAUCUGUACGCUCAGAUAUCUAGCCUGUCUCUUCCUGGUGUAUCCUUUAAGAGAAAGGGAGGACAACUUUACAUAAAGGUCAUCAAAAACCAA